CUCAGCUACAACCGCCUGGCAUGGCUGGGCUCAGGCAGCUUUUCCAGACUGCCCCGGCUAGACACCCUUCGCCUAGCCCACAACCAGCUCACCACCCUGGGCUCAGAUGUCUUCCACAAUGCCUCCAGCCUCCGGCAUCUGGACCUUUCCUCCAACAAGCUGCAUGUGGUGGAGCAGCACUACUUCCAGGGGCUGUGGAGGCUAGAGGAGCUGCUACUCUACAACAACAGGAUCACACGCGUGGAGAGUGGCAUGCUGAGAGGGCUGGGGAAUCUAAAGAAGGCUUACUUCAGCCUCAACCAGAUCACAGACUUUCCCUUCUUCUCCAUCCAGGACCACAGCCAUCCCUUCCUCACCAUGCUGGACCUGUCCUCUAACCGCAUGACAGCACUGCCCUGGGAGGAUGUGAAGGCUCUGCCAGGAUCGGUCCAGAAAGGCCUGUACCUUCAAAACAACUCUCUGGCAUGUGACUGCUCCAUGUACGGUGUGUUCUGGCACUGGGAGCAGAGGGGCUUCGACUCAGUAAAGGACUUCAUGGACGAUCUCACCUGCCUGAUCUACGGGGACCCGCGUGCUGCCAUCCGUUUCCUUAAACACUCCCACUUCUUUCAGAACUGCACCGUGGGGCAAGCAGUCUCCCUGCCUGUGACGGUGCUGAUCUCCACUCUGGUUGUGUACGAGGGGGAGAGGGUGCGCCUGGACUGUCAAACCUCCGUCAAAGGGAAAGAACUUUCAUUUACAUGGCUCUCACCUAACCAGGAGUACAUCACCCUCAGCACUAAUGACAGCCUCAUUAGCCUCUUCCAUAAUGGCACCUUGGAGAUCCCCGCAGCCAACAUGAAUGACUCCGGCAUGUACGUGUGCACGGCUCUGGACUAUAAACAUAUGCUCAACGCCACCAGGGAGGUGAAUGUGACCGUAGUGCGAGCCACAGUGGACUCGUUCAGCACAGGCUACACCACCUUACUGGGCUGUGUGGUAACCCUGGUCCUUAUCCUCAUGUACCUCUAUCUGACCCCUUGUCGCUGUGGGUGCUGCAAACAGCCUCUCCCCCCCGGCCUCCCCGUCUCUACUCAUGACCCCUCCAACCUCUCCUCUAUAUUUUCCCCUUCGUUGGGCCAAAGGGAUGUGGCCAAAUCCCAGAGCACCAGACACGUGGUGUUUGUGGAGUCUGUGUUGGAGGAGCAGAACGGCUAUCUGAGGGCUGCUCUGGCCACCGACCAGCCCACACUGCACUGGGAGUGGGACACCACAGGACUCAACUAACCUGACUGCCCUCAGACACACAUAGUGUGCAGACAUUGUAGUGUAGAAGAUUUCCUUCUCCUUGAUUCUGUCCCAAAGGAAAGACAAAAAAGGUCAAUUCCUCUCUCCAGUACUUUAAUAUGUAUUUUGUAGGUUUUCAUUGUUUUUACCCUUUCUGUUGGGAGAUGAAAAACUCAAGUCAAGGGGGAAAAUCCAAGUGAAUUCCAACAACUUACUUGUGGGACACUCAAGGACUAACUUCACUCAUAAACCAUGAUGGAUUCCUUAUCUGUUUGCAUCAGCUCUCCUCUUGUUAGGCACAAACUGAAAGAGAUUUAUAUGAGGUAUCAGACACUGGCUGAUGUUCUAUGACAGCUGUUCGAUUUCAUAUACCUGAUCAAAUCUCCUGAUCCCUGUACUCUCAAUAAAUCUCCUUAG